UUUUUUUGGGGGGUUUUAGGUUUAGGCUUAACCCACAUUCACUAUAAAUACCCUCCUCAUUCUGGGCUACAAAAUCAAGUCAAGAACCAAUCUUGAGAGCACUACGAGACACCCAAAUUGAGUCUAAUUCUUGAGAAGGAGGUUUCUUCCUCUGGGUCAUUGAGAUUUUCUCCAUUCUCCAAAAAAAAACAAAAACCAUGUCUGGAAUUGUGGUUGUUUUCGACUUUGACAAGACCAUCGUCGAUGUCGACAGUGACAACUGGGUCGUCGAUGAUUUGGGUUUCACCGAUUUGUUUAACCAGCUCCUUCCCACCAUGCCUUGGAACUCUCUCAUGGAUAGGAUGAUGAUGGAGCUUCAUUCAAAUGGUAAAACCAUAGAGGACAUUGAAGAGGUUUUGCAUAGGAUUCCCUUGCACCCCAGAGUUAUACCUGCUAUUCAAGCAGCUCAUGCUUUAGGGUGUGAUUUGAGGAUUGUGAGUGAUGCAAACGUGUUUUUUAUUGAGACCAUUCUGAAGCACUUGGGAAUAAGGGAAUACUUUUCGGAGAUUAACACCAACCCGGGUUAUGUUAAUGAAGAAGGAAGGUUAAGGAUUCAACCUUGCCAUGACUUCAACAAAGCUUCUCAUGGCUGCAGUUUAUGCCCUCCAAACAUGUGCAAGGGUUUGAUCAUAGAUAGAAUCCAAGAUUCAAUUUCACAAGAAAGUAACAGGAGAAUGAUCUAUCUUGGUGAUGGUAGUGGUGACUAUUGCCCAAGCUUGAGGCUCAAAGAGAGAAACUUUAUGAUGCCAAGGAAGAACUUUCCAGUGUGGGACUUGAUUUGCAAAGACCCUUUGCUUGUUAAGGCUGAAAUCCAUGGCUGGAGUGAUGGAGAAGAGUUGGAGCAAGUUUUAUUGCAUUUAAUCAACAAAAUCUCAAUGGAGGAAAAUGUUCAUGAGCAGUUAAUUGCAUCUGAUUGCAAGUUACAGACUCUGUCUGUCUCUGCCUAAAGUCCUCCAAGUUCAACCAUAAUUUCUUAGUUUAUAGUAUCUUUCAAAAUGUAUCAUAACUCAACGGUUUUUUUCUUAUUUCGUUGAUAAGCCUUCAUCAAAUCUUCACCAAAAUUGCUAAUGUUGGAAGUGUCCAAGGUGGACAUCUAUCAAAAACAAAUACAUACCGAUUUGCCCUAUAAAUCUUCACCAAAUUUUGGUUUUCUAUUUGUACAAUUUUUUUUUGCGAUAAAAGGAGAAAAAAUGUUAUAUAA